AUGGAUUUCAUCGGGACAGUAACGGGUGUGAUCGAUCUCUUCGCCGUUGUCCAUCAGAUCCAGGGGCUAUGUGUUAAGUAUAAAAACGCGCCCAAGACGGUACGGGAUAUCAUCGAUGAGUGUGAAUGGACCAAGGCACUUUGCUUCAGUCUUAAAGACCAGCUGCUGCGGACGCCAGAUGCAUUGCAGCACGGUGGAAAGACGAUGUCUCCCCCGGGCGCUCAGCAGAAGACGCCUGGGCACACCCUGCUGUGGUGUUUCGAAAAGAGCAUGCAGGGCAUCCGCGAGACGCUCAAGGAGUUAGAGGAGGAGGCCACCAAGUUACAGAGUAAGAAGAACUCGCUCAUGGGCAAGUGGGACAAGACCAAGUUCCUGUGGAAGGAAGACUUUUUCAAAGACGCUGUGCAGAACGUCAAGGACCAGAGGGACAUGGUCACCAUUGUCAUGUCAGGAGUCCAACUGUUGAUCGCAAUGCUUGAGACCGGCCAGACGCCAGUCUCCAAAUUGGAGCCUCCGGUUGACCAGCUGCAGCCGCCGCCUCAGGCAAUCAAGAAGAGCAAGUCGGACACGCAGAUCAAGAAGUCGGGAACUCGCAUUGCCGAGGAUCUUUACACAGCUGUUCGAAGCGGCCGGCUCGUCGACGUCGAGCCCAUCCUGUCCCAGGGCGUCUCGGUCGACGUGGCCCUGGGAGAUGGCGGAGACAGAGCCGUGCACAUCGCCGCCCGCGAGGGAUUCCUGCCCAUCCUGGAUCGUCUGCUUGCCUACGGCGCCAACGUCAACAUCCAGAAUGUAUGGCAAGAAACCCCACUGCACCAAGCGCUGCAGCGGGGGCAAACGCCGACGUCGCUAACACUGCUGUCUAACGGGGCCAGCUGGACCAUCACAAACGACAAAGGGGCGACGGCGUUACAUUUGGCAGCGAAGAAGUCCGCGUACCUCAUCGUUCAGUACUUGCUGGAUAGAGGCGCUGACCCAAACGUGCGGGACAAGCAAGGCCAGACACCCCUAUUCAUGGCGUGCCAUCCCGUGGACAAGAACGGCAAGAAGUCCAAGGUGGACGUCAAAGUCAUCCGUGCAUUGAUAGAGCAAGGGGCCGACCCGACAAUCAUCGGGGCCAACAAGUCAGGCAGUACUCCCGUCCAUGAGCUUGCUAUGAGUGGGGAUGCAGAGGAACUUGAGAUUGUGGCCAAGGCGGCGAAGUCGGUCAACCUCCCGUUGGUGGGGGACUGCGAGGGCGCCACGCCUCUUCACCUCGCCGUCAGGAACAACCACCCUGAGGCCGUCGAUGUCCUGAUCAGGCUUGGAGCCAACAUCGACGCAGUGCAGACGUCUAAGGACGGCGCGGUGCCGACGGCCUUGUGGCAGGCUGGGUGGAACAAGAACCUGGACAUCGCAGCCAAGCUCCUCGAGGCUGGUGCCAACCCCAAUUCUAGGGGCAAAGACAAGGCCACCGUCCUACACCUGGCGGUGGCAAGGCGCUGGCCCGAGAUGGUGAGGCUUCUCGCUAGGCACAAGGCCGACUUGGACGCCCAGGUGGCGGACAAGAGGAGGCCGCUUCAUGCGGCGGUGCUGCAGAAGGACCUCUCCAUGCUACGCCUCCUGCUUGAGUUGGGUGCUCGUGUCGACAGCAAGGGCGCCCACAGCGCGACGGCCCUCAUGGAAGCCGCCCAGUACGGCUUGCUGCCGAUGAUUCUGCUUCUCAUCGAGCACGGGGCCGAUUGGUCGUACACGACGCCCCAGGGGUCGGACGCCUUCCUCUGGGCCUGCAGCGGCGGCCAUGUGCCCAUCGCAAGCUUCCUCCUGGGACGUGGGCGGGAUCUGCACAAGAUGGCGUCGGGGGACUUCACCGCGCUGCACUACGCGGCGAGGAGGGACCGGGUGGCCUGCGCCAAGUGGCUGCUGGAGCUGGGAAUCGACAAAUCCAUCAGGUCGACGACGGCAAGGGCGAUGUUCAAAGCCAAGGGGACUGCGGCCGAGGUUGCCCGGGCCCACGGGGCCGUUGACACGGCGGAGUUUAUUGAAAAAUACGAGGCAAAGGCAGCAUACUAG